ACGGAUAGACAGACGGAUGUGAUCAACACACUACCACUUUUGGGAUUCUAGCUAUUUUUAUAGAUCAACAGGAAAGAAUCGAAGCGAAAGGAGAACACACUUUAAGGAACUAACAAGCCUGUACGGAUUGACGGGAGGACUGGAGGAAGCGGAGAGAGGAAGAGGGUAGAAUGGAUAAACCAAACACAAUUUGAGGGGUGAAUUUGAACAAGUGACUUUUUUUUGCAGUCGAUCUGCUGCCAGGCCUCAGACCUGCUAGACUCGAGUUUCUGGUGUUCACCAACUCACAGUCAUUUUCUCAGCGCCAGCCAGUUGACCGGUGAAGUCAGCGCUGUCGGGAAGAUUGGUGAUGAUCCACUUUCUGCCUCGCCAGAAGUGUCUGGGCCAUCGCCGUUAGAGCUCCUUGUGUGUGCAGUGGCACAGACAGUGAGUGUGUAGUAAUCCUAAGGAUGACACCCGCACUUUACUCCAUCAGAUAGCGCUCAGUGAGGUGUGCGGUGAAGCUCAUCACGCUUUGUCUCUUCACUACAAACACACAUAUUUAACAAAUAUACAAACACACCGACGAUGCAUUGGAUCCUGACAAUCAGAGGAGCUCUGUCCGGACCUUAAACACAGCAGACUUUCAGAUCAGUGUGUAUGAGUGUGUGUGUGUGUAUCUGGAGAGCACCCGGUGGAGCAUGUUCGAAAGGGAGAGUAAGGCAGGUGGAUGCUGCGCGAUUCCACUUUUUGAUAGGCUGUGAUUAUUCUGAGGAGUCUAGAAUUAUGUAAAAUCACUGUCCAUUUACGCUACAGUGUGUACAUGAUAGCAUAUCAAAAAUAAUUCUCUCAUUCAAGCAAAUAAUGGUAGAUGCCUUGUGUGAGUAAUGCGCAAGUCUCUGGGGUAAAGUAGCAGACUGAAAUGUGUAAUAUUUGAAACUAAAGCGUCUGACUGCUGUGUGCUCCUAGCAGGUUGGUUAUUCUACACACGGCAAGCAUUUCCACUCUCUGUCUUUAUAGCGCGGUACUCGAGCUCAAUGGAUUUUAUUUAACCUUAGCUAUCUCCAGAUGAGUUGUAGUGAGAUAGUGUUUCUCUCCAGAGGCCUGGCCGGUUUGGUUAUAGCUCAAAGGGAACAUUGACUCCUGCCCGCCGAUUUGUCGAGUGAGAAGUGCGGGAAACCCUGUUUUACUAUACAAUACAAUACAAUGUCUUCAAGAGUGAACAAUGUUGCCCUAUAUUUCUCUGUCUCUCCUUGAGGGCAUGGCAAUGUAGGUAGCUCUAUUUCAAAAGUUAGCACUCAGUCAACAUCAGUAGAAAUACACUUGACUCAGCCUGUAUCCGACUGAAAUAUUGUAUUAUUGAUGUUUUCUUUUCCUUAGAGCAGUGCGGUUUGACCUACACGAGACAAGCAAUCUGUUGUUGUGGUUAAUUGUGAAGGGCGCUGAACUAGCUUAGCUCCAACUUUGACACUGCAGUGUAGCCCACACUUACUGAUGAGCUAAUUAAGUUGUCCCUCAUUUGGUUGAAUAUCACAGCUGACAUUACUGAAUUCCCUCUCUGGUAUAGAGCAUAGUAUUUCAUGUCUGCUUUGGUCACAUUUGGUAUUGUUUUUUGUGGUUUAUUGAUCUAAGGCACCAGUCUCAGGAGGCUCAGAGCACUGUGGUAGAAACAUAGGUAGCCUAGCAGUGUUUGCUUUGUUGUUGUUUUGCUUUGAUGGAACUGAGCAGCUUCUGCACUGUAUUGGUUUAAGACAAUUCAUGUCACACGUUAUAUCUAAGCAGCACAAGGUGCUAAAGUCAACAGUGGUACUCUCUGUUGCUCUAUGCUUUUCACUGUGUGCAUUGUGAUACAGUGUCUAAAUCGCUAGCUCUGUUAGCGCCCUGAGCUCUAGCCAAGUGUCUAGUGGAUUGCGUGCAAGCCCUGGCUACAGUUCAUUUCUACGUGACUUAGCAUCUAAAGCAGUUUCUUUGCAUGUGUUGUGUUCCAGCACAUAAGAGUCCUUUCUUUAAGUGUCCUCAAACAACAACUUCUGUCUGAUUGUAAUGCAGUAAAGCUGGGCAGUUAGUCUGUGCACGUGUCUGCAGCAUUACAGUUGAGGACAUACACAGUGUUAGUGUGUGUGUGUGUGUGUUUGUUUGUGGACUAGCUUGUCUUUAGCAGUGCAUGCAGGGUCACAGAGGAGCCAUUGAUCAAACGUGCACAUCCACAUACACACACUUCUAAAUACACAAUGAGGCCUGUCCGGAGCUCUGUCCUCUGUCGCCUCCUCCCUACCCCCUUCUCUCCGGCCCUACGCAGCCUGGUCCUGGUCCUGCUCUGCCUUACUCCCCGUUGUCAGGCGGUGCAGGCAGAGAAUGUGACAGUCUUGGAGGGAGGUACGGCCCAGAUCUCCUGCCGCCUGCAGAACUACGAUGGAUCAAUCGUGGUUAUCCAGAAUCCCCGCCGGCAGACGCUCUUCUUCAACGGCACGCGAGCCCUGAAGGACGACCGUUUCCAGAUGGUGCUUUUCACCCCGAGGCUGGUGCGCAUCACUUUGACCAACGUCAGCGUGUCGGACGAGGGCGGCUACUUCUGCCAGCUCUACACGGACGCCACUCACCACCAGGUGGCGACGCUCUCCGUCUCCGUGCCCCCGGAGACGCCCACGGUGGAGGUGAAGCAGGAGGCCGUGGAGGGGGGGGAGGUGGAGCUCAGCUGUAUGUCUCCACGCAGCAAGCCGGCCGCCACCCUGCGCUGGAUGCGUAACGGACGGGCGAUUCCAGGUGUGGUAUCCCAGCAGGACAACGCCAAGACGUUCAGCGUGUCCAGCACCAUCCGGAUCCCCGUGGAAAGGAAAGACAACGGGGCGGCGCUGAGCUGCGAGGCGUCUCACCCGGCGCUCAGCGGGCAGAAGAGGAUCCGACACUAUCGCCUGGAUGUGUAUUUUGCACCAACAGUGAGAAUUGUUCCUCCACCUGGAAUUAUGCGAGAGGGCGACUCGCUCAGCCUGACCUGCUCCGUCACUGGGAACCCUCUGCCCAGGAACAUCCAGUGGUCCAAGAUUAACGACACCUUACCUGAGAGGGCGGAGAUUUCCGGCCCCACAUUUCAGAUUUCCCGCCUCAGCCAAUUACACAACGGGACGUACUUGUGCCAGGCCCAGAACAACUUUGGACGCGCUGCCGAUCAUUACACCCUGCUGGUGUACGAUAAUGUGUCAGUCACUACCACGGUCCCUCCCACUCCCACCACCCAACCAAUCACCUCCCAUCCCGUCACCCCAACCCUCCUUACACUCGUCUUCUCUUUUGACCCUAAAGAACCCGGUGCAGUGGUAGAGACUCACAGUGCAGUACCAUAUGCAGUGAUAGGGGGCGUUCUGGCACUGCUGGUUUUCACCGUCAUCUGUGUCCUCAUCGUCACCAUCUGGUGCUCCGUUCGACAGAAAGGCUCGUACCGUACACGAGAGCCUAUUCUUGCUUGGUAUUGACCUAACAAUCAGUUAACUAACGAAUUAAUCAGUCACAGGUUCCUAUCUUACCCAUGAGGCCAGUGGGUUGGAUGAACAUGGUGAGGUGCAGGAAGCUUUCCUCAAUGGGAACGACGCCAGCCAGGGCAAGAAGGAGUACCUACUGUAGCCCCUAUCCCCUUCUCUUCUGACCUCAAUCCCCCUUAUCCCUUCCCUACCCUGUGUACCAUCUUAUAUACAGUAUACACACACACACACACACACUUCAAUACAAGCGCCAUUACAGGCAGCCUUUUGAAAACGACUGUAUACAGAUACUGCACACAGCCAAUACAUCCUGCUUCAUUCUACUCCACAGCCUCCAUGCACACACACCCAGAGGCAGACUGAGAAAAAGAGAGCCUAUACACCCAGCAGCCACUAACGACUGUGCCAUAUACUGUAAGUCGGAGAUACUAGGGAGAAUGGAGAGAGCGGGGCCGGGGUGAAUGUAGACAAUAACGAAAUGAUGCCGUUAUUAUUUUUGAUCAAGGUGGAAGUGGGGAGCACAAAGAAAACAGGCACUCUGCCAGUGCAGCCGCCAAAAGUGGAAGGGGAAUUAGAGGCAGAUGACUGCUAUAAUUCCAUGCCUGGAAGACCAUUUAUUUCACAAAGCUCAAUCUUUAACUGAUGGGGACAGGGGGAGCAGUAUGUGGGGAGGGAGGGGGAAAUGAGGAGGGGUUGACCAGAAGCUAUCGAGCGAUACACGGUAGAAAAUUGAAUUUUUUUUAAAUUGUCAGAACAUCUUUCCAACAGAGUGCAACUCGUAUAUAAUUCCCUACCAACACUGGAGUGUUUAAGCCCAGAGUCCCAGGAAGUAUCCAGAGUUUUGACGAAACUUACUCCCUACCCAAUCAUUGGUAUAAAAGGAACCCUAUUUUAAAGGUGGUUCUAAUUUAAUUAACUCUCCUCCUUCCUCUACAUUCACCUGUUACAGUCCUCUCCCCCGCUCCAUUAUAUCUCGCUUUUUUCUCCGUCUGCCCCCCCCCCCCCCCCCCCCCCCCCCCCCACAAUCGCUCCUCCUUUGUUGGCUCCUAAUAAUGUAAGGAUUAGUGUGGGCUGAACAUUAAAGAAAGGCUUAAUUAUUUUAGAAUGUCAUUAAGAGGAUAGAAAGGUUUAAAAGUCUUGAUAAGAAGGGCAAGGGGGAGUGAAGGAAUGAGAACAAAAAAACGGAUGGAUAUUUUUUCUGAAUGCUACCACACAUAUGCAGAUACAUGCACUCAUUCAUGCGUACAGUAAACAUGUUGACAGAACCAGUAUACAUAUCUCUGAAGUACGUAUUUGUAUAAAAAAAGAACAUCUACAUAAAUUAAAUGAAACUUUUAAGAAAAAAAAAUCUGUUUACUAUUGAAACGCAUUAUGAAGCAUCUAUACUAACACAGAAUAUUAGCCUAUAGAGGUGCAAAGCCGAACAAACCACUGUCCAGUGAUCUUUAAAGAAAAUAAAGAAAAGAAUAAAAAAAAAUAUCAUUGUCUUUAUGAGAAACCAGAGGUCUUAUCGAUUUUUUAAUUAUUAUUAUUAUUUGAACAAUUAUGAUUGUUGUUAAUGUUAUUAUUGCCGUUGUUAUUAUUAUAAUUGUAAAUGUUAAAGAAAUGUACACUUCCCAUGGUUUGUUUUUGGUUCUACUGUAGAGAAAUUGCUGUCUUUUACCUUUCCCCUCUUUCCCUUUCUCUCUCUUCGUCUCCUGUGCCUAGUCGUCUCUUCUCCUGUCUUUCACUACUGUUUACUUUAGAGUCCAUGUGUCAUUGUUGAUAUAUAGCUAACUAUUUCUUUAUAGGGGAAAGAUACAAAGCACGACAAAAUAAAAAAGAAUUCAAAAAUAA